CGGUAAGGGGGCAUGUACAUCGGUACAUCGCGCGGCCAGAACAUGCGAUUAUAUGCAGAGGCAGGUACCGGUGCAUGUUCAAUUUUGGAACAAGUAAUCUCCUCUCACCUCAUAGCAUCACCCACUCACGACUAUUGUGACUCCCGACUGACCUGCUAUCCGAUUGCCAAUCCCUCCCAUCCCACACCCAUCCCUUCGUUGCCCUUUCUCCGUCCACAGAAGCUUACUACUCUCCACCACGGGAGUACCAGACGAUCGUUUGUAGCUCAUCGCCCCCACCCGCGCAAACCUCCAACAUGACGGCAUCGACGACCUAUCCGCCAGCAUUGGCGAGGUACAGACACACAGCGGCGCCCUACGCUCUGAUCACCGGUUCCACAGCCGGCAUGGGAGAAGCGUGGGCGUACGCUCUAGCAUCUCACGGCUUCAAUCUGCUUCUGCACGGUCGUUCGGAAGAGAAGCUCUCCUCCCUACGCGAUUCCAUCCUCUCGCAAAACGUUCAGAUCACUCCCAAUCUCGACAUUCGCUACGUCAUCUGUGACGCUUCCCUCGUUCCCACCAACAUCAAGCCCAUCCGAGAGGCGAUUGGAAAGAUUGCAAAUUUGGCAAUCGUGGUGAACAAUGUGGGAGGUAGCGGAGGUGGAUACGACUCGAUCGAAGAGGCGGAUCCUGAAAAGCUGGAGGAUGAAAUCGCGACGAAUGUCACCUUUCCCUCGCUCGUAGCCAACGCCACACUGCCCAAACUGAGACAGCAACAGCCAAGCUUGAUGGUCAAUGUCUCGAGCAUCAGCGGCCUGUUCCCCACACCAUUCGUCACGGGAUACAGCGCUUCCAAAGCUUUCAACCGACACUUUUCAAUGGGCAUCUACCACGAAGAGAAGGCUCUUGGCACACAAGUGGACGUCGUUUGUUUGGGUCCAGGCGUAGUGGUGAACAAUCGAGGUGUUCAGGGAGGCGGAACAUCCAUGGCUCCGCUCGCUUCCACCUGGGUGGACAAUGCCAUCAAGACGAUUGCGCCCAAACUUUGGAGGAGCAGGCCACCCGCUUGGUCUCUGCCUCAUCCCCCACACAAUAUGGCAGCUCAAUUUUGCAAGCUGUUGCCAGAAAGCGUAGCUUUGGGCUUGUUCAGAAAGGAAAUGAUCGGUUUGAGGAAUAACGAGGGGAACAAUAGGGCUGGGGGUGGAAGUUCUGCCAAUGGCACAGGGUUCACCCACCUCAGCGCUAGGGCCGAAGCUCGUUCAAAAGCAAAAGCCAGCGCAACUGCCAGCAAGUCCAAUCCUCCAGCCAAUGCAGCUUCGAGGAGCGGACCAGUGAGCGAGGUGACUCAAGCUGGGCCCGCAUCUGCUCCUCAGCCCGAAAGAGCGCCUGCGAGCGCUCCAGCUCCCGCUCUCACGCAAUCAGCAGCAGCCCCUGCUAGUCCGAGCACCGCCGGAGUCAGCGCUGCCAAAGCAUCGCCUCAUCUUUCCAAGAAGAGCGUCGACGAAUCUGCAAACCCAAAACCUCCUGCUGCUGCUGGUCCUCCUACCACCGAAAUUCUCGCCGCCUAGAUCUGCAGCGGUCCCCCCCCC